GUUGGAGUGCUGCCGCCAGAUCCUGUAGCAGAGAAUAAAUAUGGCAGAGCUUUCUGAGCCAGAAGGACCAGUAAAUUGGAAAGAAAGAUGUAUGGCUCUGGAGUCUCAGCUCAUGAAAUUUAGAGUUCAAGCAAGCAAGAUACGAGGACUCUUAGCAGAAAAAAUGCAACAGCUUGAGAGACAAGUUAUUGAUGCUGAACGUCAAGCAGAAAAAGCUUUUCAACAGGUACAAGUUAUGGAAGAGAAAUUAAAUGCCGCGAAUAUUCAAACCAGUGAAUCAGAGAUGAAGUUAUAUAAAAAGUGUCAAGAUCUAGAGUCUUUUCUCCAGGAAAAAGAUGACAUCAUUCAAAACUUGGAACUGCAACUUGAAGAGCAGAAACAAAUACGAACACAAGAAGCUAAAAUAAUAGAAGAGAAAGCAGCUAAGAUCAAAGAGUGGGUAACCGUUAAGUUAAAUGAGCUAGAAUUAGAGAAUCAGAAUCUUCGUUUGAUCAACCAAAACCAAACUGAAGAGAUAAAAUUAAUACAGUCAAGAUUACAAGAAGUUCAAGGGAAGAAGUCGUCCACUGUCACUACAACUAAGUCUUCAGAAGGACAACGCCUGAGCAGUUUGACAUUUGGGUGCUUUUCUUCCCGAGCAAAGAGUCCUCCUCAAGCAGUAAAAGCUGAGGAAAUGGGCAAAAUAUCAUCUAAAGAGCCUGAGUUUCUGGAAGGAAAGGACACAGCAGAAGCAGACAUUGUAGAGAAAUCAGCUGAUAAUCAAGUCCAAGAAAUCAACAGAAACCAAAGAACAUUGCAUGAAACCCCUUGCAGCUUAGAGCAGAACCGGAAAUCAAGAGCAAGCUUUGCGACAGAUGGUAGUCUGUCCCAGAAUUCUGGUGCUCCAGCGAGUGACUGGAGUUCUGAGGAGGAAGAUGGGAGCAAAGGAAGAUCCAAGUCCAGACCUGCGUCCACCCUUUCCAGUCACACGUCGGAGGAAGGUGCCCAAUGUGGCCGGGUGGGAAGUGAAGCAUAUUUGACAGCAUCUGAUGACAGUAGUUCUAUAUUUGAAGAAGAGACUUUUGGCAUAAAGAGACCAGAACACAAGAAGCUUUAUUCUUGGCAACAGGAGGCACAGUGGAAGGCUCAGAAUAGACUUCUUGAAAAGGGAAAUUCUGAAACAAGUAAGAAGGAGCAAGAUAGUUCCUCAGAUGAACUGAAUAAAAAGUUUCAAUCCCAAAGACUGGAUUAUUCAUCCUCAUCAAGUGAGGCCAACACUCCCAGUCCUAUUUUGACCCCAGCUUUAACUCCAAAGUAUGCUAACUCACUCCCAGGAAAAGGAGCACAAGUAGCACCUUCAUCACACCUGCUGUCCCCUAAGUUAAGGAUUCCUAAUGUUUUCAGUAUAAGUGUAGCACUCACCAAAAGGCACUUAAGCCAGCCACAGUUAAGUUCUGACAGGAUGUUUGGUACAAACAGAAAUGCCAUAAGCAUGAUACGACCACUGAGACCUCAGGAAACCGAUCUUGAUCUAGUUGAUGGCGACAGUGCAGAGCAUGUAGAGAAUAUGGAUACAAGCUGUGAUGAUGGAUUAUUUACUCAGGACUCUCCAGAAUCUCCAUAUUUAGACCACCAGGAAGUCAGCGACUUGGCAAAGAAGGCCGCAUGCAACAAACCUCCCACUCCUCCCCUGCACCGGUUUCCCUCUUGGGAAAGCAGAAUUUAUGCUGUAGCCAAAUCAGGAAUUCGAAUGUCUGAGGCCUUCACUAUGGAAAACACUAAUAAAAAUGCUGCUACCAUGCUUUCCUGCACCACAUCAGGACUUUAUACAUCUCUGAUAUACAAGAAUCUGACCACUCCGGUCUAUACAACGUUGAAGGGGAAGGCAACCCAAAUAAGCAGCAGCCCUUUCCUGGAUGAGUCCUCUGGCUCCGAGGAAGAGGACAGCUCCAGGUCCAGCUCACGGACAUCAGAAUCAGACUCGCGCAGCCGCAGUGGGCCCGGCAGCCCCAGAGCCAUGAAACGAGGGGUGUCUGUUUGUUCUGUGGCUUCUGAAAGUGAUUAUGCUAUCCCUCCUGAUGCCUAUGCCACAGACACAGAAUGCUUACAGCCAGAGCAGAAGCUUCCUAAAACCUGCUCAUCUUCCAGUGACAUUGGGAAAAAUGAGCCACUGGAAAAAUCUGGCUAUCUACUAAAAAUGAGUGGUAAAGUAAAGACUUGGAAGCGGAGAUGGUUUGUUCUUAAAGGUGGCGAAUUACUUUACUACAAAUCUCCAAGCGAUGUAAUUAGGAAACCUCAGGGCCAUAUUGAACUCAAUGCAUCCUGCAGUAUUUUAAGAGGAGAUAAUAAACAAACUGUGCAGCUGACCACUGAAAAACACACAUACUAUCUGACUGCUGAUUCUCCAAAUAUAUUGGAUGAAUGGAUUAAAGUGUUACAGAACGUUCUUCGAGUACAAGCUGCUAACCCACUUUGCCUGCAGCCUGAGGGAAAACCAACAAUGAAGGGAUUGCUUACUAAGGUAAAACAUGGCUACUCCAAGAGAGUCUGGUGUACACUUGUUGGAAAGACAUUGUAUUAUUUUCGUAGUCAAGAAGAAAAGUUUCCUUUAGGUCAGAUCAAACUCUGGGAGGCGAAAAUUGAAGAGGUGGACAGGUCCUGUGAUUCAGAUGAAGAUUAUGAAGCCAGUGGACGUAGUUUGUUAUCCACUCAUUACACCAUCGUUAUCCACCCCAAAGACCUAGGUCCUACUUACCUCCUAAUUGGAUCCAAACAUGAAAAGGACACUUGGCUUUAUCAUCUGACUGUUGCAGCUGGAAGUAACAAUAUAAAUGUUGGAUCUGAAUUUGAACAACUGGUUUGCAAAUUGCUUAACAUAGAAGGGGAACCUUCUUCCCAGAUAUGGCGACACCCCACUUUGUGUCACAGCAAAGAAGGAAUCCUGUCCCCUCUCACCACAUUGCCUUCUGAAGCUCUACAGACAGAAGCUAUUAAGUUAUUUAAGACCUGCCAGCUUUUUAUAAAUGCAGCAGUUGAUUCUCCUGCAAUUGAUUACCAUAUAUCUCUAGCCCAGAGUGCUUUGCAAGUCUGUCUCACACAUCCUGAGCUACAGAAUGAAAUUUGCUGUCAACUUAUUAAACAGACAAGACGGAGGCAGCCACAGAAUCAACCAGGACCAUUGCAGGGCUGGCAGCUUUUGGCGCUGUGUGUUGGCCUCUUCCUUCCCCUUCAUCCUUUCCUGUGGCUCCUCAGGCUCCAUCUAAAGAAGAACGCAGAUUGCAGGACAGAAUUUGGGAAAUACGCUAUUUACUGUCAGCGAUGUGUAGAAAGAACUCAACAAAACGGUGAUCGUGAAGCAAGACCCUCUAGAAUGGAAAUUCUUUCAACACUUCUUCGAAACCCUUAUCAUCAUUCUUUGCCCUUUAGCAUACCGGUGCACUUCAUGAAUGGGAUAUAUCAGGUAGUUGGGUUUGAUGCAUCCACCACAGUGGAAGAAUUUUUGAACACUUUGAACCAAGACACAGGAAUGAGGAAACCUGUACAGUCUGGAUUCGCGUUGUUCACUGAUGAUCCAUCUGGCAAAGACCUAGAGCAUUGUCUUCAAGGAAACAUCAAGAUUUGUGACAUUAUUUCUAAAUGGGAACAGGCAUCCAAAGAACAGCAGCCUGGGAAAUGUGAAGGCACAAGAACUGUUCGUCUUACUUACAAAAACAGACUAUAUUUCUCAGUGCAAGCUCAUGGAGAGACUGAUAGAGAAAAGUUGCUGUUAAUGUAUCAGACAAAUGAUCAAGUAAUGAACGGCCUUUUCCCUCUGAGCAAGGAUCUGGCAUUAGAAAUGGCAGCUCUUUUAGCUCAGGUGGAGAUUGGAGAUUUUGAAAGACCUUUCUCAACUCCAGCAGGGCCUGUUACCAAUCAGUGCAAAUCAAAUCAAACUCUCAAACAAGUCCUAGAGAAAUUUUAUCCUAAAAGGUAUAGAGAUGGAUGCUCUGAAGAGCAGUCGAGGCAACUUUACCAGAGACUAUCAACCAGAUGGAUGGCCCUCCGGGGACACAGUGCUGCCGACUGUGUGCGAAUUUAUUUGACAGUCGCCAGGAAGUGGCCAUUCUUUGGUGCCAAGUUGUUUUUUGCUAAACCCUUAACUUCAUCAUCAUCCCUUGGAAAUACUGUCAUAUGGCUGGCUAUAAACGAGAAUGGUUUAAGCAUUUUAGAACAUAAUUCCAUGAGAUUAAUAGUCAGCUAUUUAUACAAAAGUCUGAUGACCUUUGGAGGUUAUCAAGACGAUUUUAUGAUAGUCAUUAAUACAAAUUCAAAAGACAAGCCAACGGAGAAAUUACUGUUCGCCAUGGCAAAACCCAAGAUUCUUGAAAUCACUCUUUUGAUCGCCAGUUACAUCAACAAUGCUUAUCAGCAAAAGGCAGCGAUUCACCACCUCUCUGCUCCAGCCUUGCUCUCCACCAGGGCGCCGGGACCCCAAGCCGGGACAGUAGGAGGCCAGCCCCUGCUGUCAGGCAGCAGACCCACCAAAGGCCCCACCUUACUCUGAGGGCUCCAGAAUCUGACUGUUCACUUCUUGUCCUCUGAGCAGAGGCUGCAACCAAGUUUGUUUACAUCCUGCCAUUGUGGCACCCACAUACCAGCAUUCCAGACUUUAGCAAUAUGAGGUUACACUCUCUUAGCUGACUCUUAAAUAUUUGAAUAACAAUAAAACAUAAAUAAGAUAUGGGCCAACAAGCUUAUUUUCUUAGAUUAAAUAGGUUAGAAUUCUUCCCCCCUCGUCUUUUCUUCCUGGCCAAGAGAGACAUCAUGCUUAUUUUUUAUUUUUUUUUUACAUUUAAACAUUCUGGCAGUGUUUAAAAGGAAAGUUCCAAACUCUCAUUCGGUAAACCAGUUGAUUAUUUGGAAAAGCUCACUGCCAAAUAUGAAAGUUCUAUGAUUGAAUGUGCUUUUAAUUAAUGAGAUAGUGUUUGGAAAGGAGUGAGGUACUGUUAUAAGAAUAAAUUUUUAGAGCAAGUGCAAUAAAGUUUCAGGCUCUAUGAAUCAUUACAUGAGAAAACAGAGUUAGGUAACCAGACCCUGUGAGUAUUAGAAAGUAUACCUUGUCACUUUUGCUGACCCUGGAGUGUAAAGUUUCAAGAGAUAGUGAUCCCUGGCAUUCCUUGGCUGUUGUCAGCAUAGCACAAGUUCACUGGAAUAUUGCCCCACAUUUGGUGCUAAGUCAACUUGACCUUGCUUUGUUAGAUAAUAGUAUCUUUCAAAAAAAAAUAGUAUCUUUCAAAGAAAAGUCAGUUCAUAAAGCUUUGCCUUUCAUCUAGUCCUUCCUGAUUAUAGUGUGAAGAUAAAUCUCUCACUUUUGGGGUGGUUUGUUUGUUUGUUUGAGACAGGGUUUUACUUUGUAUCCUAGACUAGCAUUGAACUCACCAUGUAUCCCAGGCUGGCUUCAAACAUCCUCCUGUCUUUGCCU